CAGUGACCAGGCGGGGAGGUAACGCGCGCGUGCACGCGCACGCACGGCACUAUCACCCCUCCUCCUCCUGCAGCGCUGGGAUCUCUCCGGCCUCCACACCGCAGGGGUUGGUGAAAAUCACUCUCGAUCAAAAGACAAACUGCAAACAGAAAAAACCCAGAAACUGCUGGUGCGAUGUGAUUAUUGGAGGAAACGAGCGGAUCAAACUACAGAUCAGACUUGGUGAGAAUGAACUCCUCCAGGGCGCGCACGUCGAGUUGUUGUGAGGAGGGGCCGCUGGCGGGCUGUCCACAGCCCCAUCCUGCAGGGGUGAAGCUGGAGGCGAUGAUGGAGCAGCUGCAGAGACAACAGGGGGCCAAGCUGGAGAUGAACCUGCAGGAGAAACAUCUUCUCCAAGCUCAGCUCCUGUUCGCCCAGCAGGCGGCGGCGGCCCGGGCGUCCAGCUCCAGACCCGACCCGUUCGGGAGAGCCAACGGGCAGAUUUAUCAGGCCGCCCAGCACAGCCUGAGCAGACUGGACCUGAAGGUGGAGGACUCGCAUCAGGAGGCGGAAGAGAUGCCGGAGCCUGAGGAGGGAGGCGAGGAAGAGGAGGGAGAUGAGCAUGGGCCUCAUCUUCAGGCGAAGAAGCAGGAACUCCAACAGGUUUCUCGCUUUCAGCCCUAUGCACCUGCUGCCGAGCCCGAGUGUCCAGCGCUGAAGCAGGAGGAGAAGGAGCGGCCGUCUCCUACAGCUCCAACCGUCUUCACUUCGCCCAACGGCUUCACCGACUGGAGCUACGAGGAGCUCUUCAAGCAGAGAGGAGGAGGAGGAGGCGUAUGGGCCGAGGAGAACGAAGGAGGAAAAAUAAAAGGAGAGCCGUCGAGAGAUUUUGCCAAGCUCUAUGAACUAGAUGAUGAGCCCCAGCGAAAGGAGUUCCUCGAUGAACUCUUUGUCUUCAUGCAGAAACGAGGAACUCCAGUGAACCGCAUUCCCAUCAUGGCCAAGCAGGUGCUGGACUUGUACCGGCUGUAUAAACUGGUGACGGAGAAGGGGGGGCUGGUGGAGGUGAUCAACAAGAAGAUUUGGAGGGAGAUCACCAAAGGUCUCAAUCUGCCCACCUCCAUCACCAGCGCUGCCUUCACCCUCCGGACCCAGUAUAUGAAGUACUUGUACCCGUUUGAGUGUGACAAGAAAGCUCUGAGCUCUCCGGGUGAGCUGCAGGCGGCGAUCGACAGCAACCGCAGAGAGGGUCGACGUCCCAGCUACACCAGCAGCCUUUACCGCUACUCUCCGUCCCCGAGCUCUGCUCCACACACACUCCUGUCCUCGCCUACGAUGCAGACCGCCCCCAUCGCACACAAUGGCUUGAACACAGCGGCCAGUCCGAGUUUCAAAAGAAACUCAGAUGAGCCCUCCACCCCUGUGAUGCCCAGGCUGCCUGUGGCUUUGGCUCUUGGCCAGCACCACCAUCACCACCAGCAGCAGUUUGCACAAGCUGCCACGUUGGAGCAUCUCAGAGAGAGGCUGGAUCGAGCAGCAGGUGGAGCUGCGGUCGACGCUCCGGAAAGGAAAAUGAUGCGUCUCGCAGAGGAGCAGCAGCGGUUCAUGCAGCAGGCCCUGCAGCAGAACCUGCUGGCGAUGGCGUCUCACUUCAGCCCCGUGAACCUCAAACUGAACAACGGGCACGAGAAAAAACAGGAUUUGUCUCUGAGCAUCUCUACGAACGGACCGGCCAGCAUCAGCGUUUCUGUGGAGGUCAAUGGUGUUGUUUAUUCAGGAACGCUCGUAGCUCAGAAGCCAGCGGCUCCGGUCUCGUCUCAGACUGUAACUCCUGCAGGGACAAGCGGUUUCAGCGCACUCUCCUCCCACAGCCCAUCGUCUACAUCUUCCACGUCCUCAAAGGGACCAAAUUAAAGCUUUUAAAACUGUGGAGUCAAAACAAAAAUACAUGCUAAACUUUGUUUCUCUUCUCAGAAAUGAAAUGUUUAAACUUCAGGGAAAACCUACACUGCAGGAAGCCAUCAUAAUUUCUUCUCAGUAUUGUCCUUGUCUUUUGAAAUGUCCUCGUCUAACUCAGGCCAGUUGACUCUAGUGCCUGUUAGAUUGAUCGUCUAUACAAACGCAUCAUCAUCUGAAAGACUUUACAAGGACUGUUCCCGAGUGUCUUCAGAGCAGAAGACAUGAUGAAAAUCCACAGUAGACCUCACUCAUGAAUCGUUUAUCAAGUAGUUCAAGUUUGUUUUAGUUGGCAAGAGUAGAAGAAUUUAGUUGUCAGCGUGCAGCUAAUGAAGACCAAACGCCUUAGCUCAGAGUUGUAGCUCCUGAACUGAAGCCCAUUUUGUGUUGUUAUACUGUGGGAACCAUUUUUGAUUAUUUGGUUUAAUUGUGUAUUUUUCAUAGAUUUC